AUGGAACUCAGAAAAUCAGCCACAGUGCUCGAAAAGAAGAGCUCGGGCAGCUCACUAGACAUCGCGUUCCGGAGGGGUAGGAUUAUAUCCGUUAUCGGGGUGCUCAACAUCCCAAACUUACACAUCCGCGACUAUAGCAGCUUCAUCUUCCAUAACCUCAUCGCCUUCGAGAUGCAAUCUCAAAGCCGGGGCCGCUGCACAAUGGCCUUCUCCGCAUUUAUGCGCAACUUGUUGCAAAGCGAGGAAGACGUGAAGCUGCUGCGGCGACGCGGCAUUUUGGCGAACACGUCCAUGACCGACGAUGAACUCGUCGAUUUCUUCAAACGCUUGAGCCGAUUGAUUGAAAACUAUCAAAUGCCGAGCGAUCUGUAUGCGGUUUACUAUCAGGUCCUCUCUCACCAUAAUCGCCGGAUGAGUCGGUUCUGCGGCAGCAUCAUUCUCCAGUACUUUCCCAACCCACUGGUGACUCUUUCUGUGUUUGCAGCUGUCGUGCUCUUUGUUCUCACCCUCCUGCAGACUAUAUAUACUAUUCUCAGCUACUACCGUUAUUGA